GCUGGGGGGACCCCCAUGACGCCCUGCCCAGCGGCCUCGGCCCCCCCAGCCGGCCCAGGGCCCGGUGCCCCCCACCCCCGGCGGGGCAUCACUCACGACGGAGGAGCAGGAGGGCAGGAGGAUCUUGAGCGCGUUGCAGAGGAACACGGCGCUGAGCACCAGCAGCCACGCACCGCCCUCCGCCAUGGCCGGGCCCCGCCGACAGCAGCUCUGACGGCGCUCCGGGACCGCGAUCGCGACCGGGAUGGGGGGUUAAGAUCGGCACCGGGAGCGGGAGCGGGAUCGGGGUCGGGCGGAGCGGCGGCAGCGAGAGGACUCGGGGACAUGCGCGGCCCCGUGACCGCCGGUAUCCAAUGGGUUCCCCGUGCGCGCUCCCGGGCAGGGGCGGAGCGCUGCCCCGGCCCGCCCAUCCCAUCCCAUCCCGCCGCUCCCCCCGCUCCAAUCCGGCUGGAUCCUGUUGCGGCGCCGCUGGCGCUGCUGGGAUGGGGAGGGGGGGAGGCGGUUUCCCUGCGCAGCCGGGCUGUGGCUCGCAGGCAGCCGCCGCAGCGCUCGCAGCAGCCGCCGGGCGGGAGCAGCCGCAGCUCCGGGAGCCUCGCGAUGCCGAAGAGGAAGGUGACGGUGGCGGACGGGGACGCCCCGGCGGAGCCCAAGCGGCGAUCGGCGCGUCUGUCCGCGAAACCCGCGCCGGCCAAAGCAGAGCCGAAGCCAAAAAAGUUGCCGGCAAAGGAUAAAACUGAGGACAAGAAGGCUCAGAAGGGGAAAAAGGGGCCUAAAGGAAAACAGACAGAAGAGACGAACCAAGAACAGACAAAGGACAACCUGCCUGCAGAAAAUGGGGAAGCUAAAACUGAGGAGACCCCAGCACCUGAUGCAGCUGCAGAGAAAGAAGUGAAGUCUGAGUAACACCCACAUCUGGAACUGGGGGUCUUUAAACUUUUCUUCUUGUACAAUUCAGAGGAAUAUUUUUAUCGACUAUUUUGUAAAUGCAAGUUUUUUAGUAGUUCUAGAAAACACGUUUUUAAAAAAAAAAAAAAAGGAGAGAGUCCCGACUCAACCCAUUUUUUUACAUAUUUAGAUAAGUGUAAAUGCUUUUUUUAAGUGGUAAAGUCAUGUACUGGUUGUCUGUUUUCUAUGAAACCAGAAAUUAACAGCGUGUUAAUUAAGGAGAGGGCUCUGAAGCCUUGAUUAGGCUUCACGUUCCACAGCCUGUGAGGGACAGUUUUCUAUCCUAUUAAAGGAAGCAUAACACAGAUGAGACUUUGGAAUUCAUUAACGAUGUGUUGAGAAGGUCUUAACAUUUUAGUUAUUUAUCUUCAUGGUUGUACCAUCAGUAGAAUUCCUUACCUAAUAAAACUGCUCCCUAGUGUUGGAUUUCUUGCUGAGUGCUGUAUAUCUGUGACAAAGUUAUUUUUGGUAGUUGCAGCUUUAUUUUUUUUUCCAACAACUUUGUAGCUGUGAUGAGAAAGAUGGGAAACUUUUUAUUUUAUAUCUUUAAAUACUGGCUGAGGAAAAGUUUCUGCUUGGCAGAUGGAACUCGUUAUGUCAAUAUUUGAGAUACUGGAACUUCACCUCUAGUUUUAAAGGACAGCUUGUCUACAAAGCUCAAGUGAAAAAAAUAUUUGAAAUAGUCCUAGGAAAAAAAAGAAAACAAUUAGUUUUUAGACUUAAAAAAACUAUGUGAAUAAAAACAAUUGUAAAAUUGUUGAUAGUGUUUGUGAUCUUCAAACAAAAGCCAAAUAAAUCUUGAUUAUGAAA